AAAAGAAAAACCUUGCGGCGGUGUAAGAGACAGAGAUAUAGAGUAAACAAAAACGAAAGGCAAAGUGAGUACGAGAAAUGGCAUGUCGCUCUGUUCUUUCAUCUUCUCCUCACAUAACGAACUCCAUGGCCAUCAAGGAGGGUGUCCUCUCCUUCGCACCCAACCCUCCUCUGCUUCUUCGUCUCCCGAAAGCCGUUACCUUUCUCUCCUUUUCUGCUUCCACUAAACCCCCCACUAAGUCUUUUCAAGUGAGAUCAGUUGCUGGUACUACAGAAGCUGCAUCGGGGUUUGAUGAGAUGAUUUCUGGGACUAAGAGGAAGUAUUACAUGCUUGGUGGGAAAGGGGGAGUAGGGAAGACAAGUUGUGCUGCUUCGCUUGCUGUUAAAUUUGCCAAUAAUGGACACCCCACUCUCGUGGUUUCCACCGAUCCAGCGCAUUCUUUGAGUGAUUCUUUUGCUCAGGAUUUGACUGGGGGUGCAUUGGUGCCAGUGGAAGGACCUGAUUAUCCACUUUUUGCUCUUGAAAUUAACCCUGAGAAGUUUAGGGAAGAGUUUCAAAAUGCCGCCCAGAAAAAGGGUGGAACCGGAGUCAAAGACUUCAUGGAUGGCAUGGGCCUUGGAAUGAUUGCAGAUCAGUUGGGAGAACUAAAACUGGGAGAAUUACUGGAUUCACCUCCUCCUGGACUGGAUGAAGCUAUUGCGAUCUCCAAGGUUAUACAAUUUCUCGAAUCACAGGAAUAUAGCAUGUUUACUCGAAUAGUAUUUGAUACAGCACCUACGGGUCACACAUUACGAUUAUUGUCCUUACCCGAUUUCUUGGAUGCAUCCAUUGGGAAGAUACUGAAGCUAAGACAAAAGAUAGCUUCUGCUACCUCAGCAAUUAAAUCCGUAUUUGGGCAAGAAGAAACCCGACAGAAUGCUGCUGAUAAAUUGGAGAAACUCAGGGAGAGGAUGAUAAAAGUGCGUGAACUCUUUCGUGAUACUGAUUCAACCGAAUUUGUCAUUGUUACAAUCCCCACGGUGAUGGCAGUUAGUGAAUCAUCUAGAUUGAGUGCUUCCUUGAAGAAGGAAAAUGUUCCUGUGAAGAGACUUAUUGUCAACCAGAUUCUUCCACCGUCUACAUCUGAUUGCAAGUUUUGUGCUAUGAAAAGAAAGGAUCAAAUGCGUGCUCUUGAUAUAGUUCAGAAUGAUCCAGAACUCUCCAGUUUAUCAAUGAUCCAGGCACCACUCGUAGAUGUUGAGAUAAGAGGUGUUCCAGCUCUCAAAUUUCUUGGUGACAUUAUUUGGAAAUGAUUUACACAGUUACUCAAGCAAUGAUUAGGUUAAAUUUAGUAAUUUGCUGAAGUUGGCAGUUGAAACCAUAGACACAUGGCAUGAUAUCAGGGCUCAUCAGAUUUUGUAUGAUGAAGUUUUGGAGCACUUGAGAUGUUCAGAUUCUGGUACUGGCAGUUCUUAAAGAGACACUGGCUUCCAAUAUUCACACGCUAGAGUUUCAAAACACCAGAAAGCUUUUUUGGUUUUUCACAUUAUAAAUAUUGUUAUUGUAAAUUUAUUUCUCCAGUAAUUGUAUCUGCACUUUUUAUUUUUUUUGUUCUAAUCCCCUUAUUUAAGCCUUUUUUUUUUGUUGGGGGCUGUAAUGGUCUUUAUGUUUUGAAGUGUUGACUGAGAUAUUCUUGACGCACACAUGAAACAUAUAAGAAAAGUUAUAUUUCAAAUGUUGAUUAUCAUCAACAAAUA